AUGCUCGGGCUCGACGAUUACGAAAGCAGCGACGAGGAAGCAGCUCGGGUGCCCCAGCCCAGCAAGGCGAGGAAAGCGAGCCUCCCGACGCCCGUUCAGCCGGCAGUAGAGAAACCUGCAGAAGGCAAGGCGUCUGCCGCGCCAGACCAGAAGCCCGCGGCCCAGCCGGCGGGACCAACACCAGCACCAGAUGCAGAGUCGACGCCUGGUCCGUUUCUGCCAGCUUCAACCGAAGAAACGGACGCUCCCGCACCGGGUCCUUCAGCUCCACCUGCGGCUGAGCCCGAAGACCCCAAUGGUCCCGCCUCCGAACCGCAGUCGCCAUACUCCGCCGCGCGUGCAAUCGUGCGCAAUCUAACGAUGCCGCCGGUUCCCAACUUUGAGAUCCCUCCUUCGCCGCCCGGUUCGCCGCCACCCAAGUCCACGAAGCAGUUUGCGCAUUUCCUCGAGCUCAAGAAGAAAGGCGUCCACUUCAACCAGCGUUUGCAGAACUCGUCAGCGCUGCGCAACCCCAGCCUACUCCACAAGCUGCGCGGCUUUGCGAGCAUUGACGAUGAGGCUCAGUAUGCGACCACCCUGUCUACAGAUGUUGCCGUACCACCGGUGUUCCCAUCUUGGGCAUAUGCGGAGAUCCUCGGCAAGUCGCAGCGAGAGAUUGCUAGGAAGCGGGAAGAGGAGCAGAAGAAGACUCAGAGAGAAGCUUUGGAAUUCGUUCCGGCUAGUGAUCCAGGCUCAUCUGGACUAGGCAUUGGUAAUGGGGACCGUGUCAGCAUGGCGGAAAGAGUCAGGGCAGGCUUGAGUAGAGAGGGCUCUGGGUCGCCGCAGGUCUCGGAUAGUGGGAAGCGCAAAGAAGGCGAUCGGAGGGACCGUGGUAAUGACGACAGGAGGAAGAGGAGCAGAUUCAGGAGCAGGUCCCGGUCCCCACGCCGGAGGUAG